AUGUCGCGGAAAAGUCUGGAUCUCGACGAAGCAGCAUCUUUGAUGGACGACUUAUCGAUACAGGGCGGAGACAUUGAAAUAGUUCCCUCGGUGAGAAACGAGUGUCUUGCGAGCAGCAACAACAACAACAACAGCAGCAGCAGCCACAACAGCAACGAUAAGAACAUCGAUAACAGCGACAAUGACAAUAGCGAUAACGGAGAAAGCGACAACGAAGCUAUUGCUAUCCCUGAAGUCGUUGUAGCAGCCUCGAGCGACGAGUCACUCCAAACUUCGGCACUAGCGGGCAACAAGCGAAAUUCUCUCAAGGCUUCCGUCGAUAUGCCUGCAGCGUUCCCGCCGCCCCCUCCACCGCCACCGAAUCAGAGCCACGUUGGAGGACAGAACGCUUCACCCGCGCAGAGGCCCGCUCCACCGGUUGCUCCCCUAGCUUCCUUCGAAAAGGCCACCAUGUCGUCAAGCGUCAGGAAAAGCUCCGACGUGUUGCCGGCUUCUGGCGACAGCUCUCUCACCAAGCCCUCGAGCCGUCGUAGAUUGAAAUGGAACACUUGCAAUUUGCUCUCCAGUCUCUACGGGCAACUAAUCGUGGUGAUUACAGCCAUUCUGAUGCUCACAGAAGUCAUGGACAACCCGAUGCCUCUACUCUCGUUUCAUGGGUAUUUGUACGCGUACCUGAUCGGAGGCUCGUGCUUGUUUCUGCUUUUCAUCUACGUUUCGUCGAUACUCGACAAAUGCCCAUCAUUCAGCAGCCCAUCGUCAUCCAAUAGCUCGUCGUCUUCGUCUUUGUCCGACGUGGAAACUGCGACCUACCGAGGGACGACGUGUGGCGUCGGGACUCGGAAACUGCACAAGUGCCCCGUCGAAGUCAGCUGUUAUCUACGAAUCGGACUUUUAGUUUUCGGUCUCGGUACCCUCAUCGCCGUCGGACUGGAGCUCAGCAGCGUAUUCACCCUUCAGACUCCGUGCUCGGAUACACUGAACCUGUCGAUUCCAGUUCUUCAUGCCUGUUUCGCUUUCAUGCAAAUGCAUUUCCUGUUCAUCAAUGUUCAGCAUGCCUCGGAUACCAUGGGCUGUCUUCGGCAUGUGGCGCUCAUGCACUUGAUCGCAACCAACGUAGCUGUGUGGUUCCGACUCGUGCUCUGGGGUGUCUAUCAAGAAUGGAUCGGUUCCAGUCACCGAUCCCAUGCCGCCGACAUCAUAUUCCCUCCUGCCGACUUCAUGCAUCGGGAACAUGUUCUCGACAAAGAAGGCAACCACAAAGUUUUCGUGACGAAAGAAUGUCUGUGGCAAACAGAAGAGGAUGCAGCCCCCGAACGCUAUCUUCUCUUGGACGCAUGCCUGCGGAACAGUACCCUGGGCCACAUAUGGCAGCGAGCGAUGCCUUUUCUGACGCCGUUCAUCGCGCAAUACUGUGUCGUGGCCAUCGUCGUGUUGUACGUCGUGUGGGAUAGCUACCACACCGUGUGCUCGCGACAAGCCUGCAGUCAAUCGUAUACCGUAAGCAGCUAUCCCGCUCGAGGAUCCAGCGGUGGCUCCUACGACACUCUCCGCAACAGAAACAGGAACGCUGACUGUCAAGGAGGAUCUAGGGGACUGUUCCUCGGCUUGCUGGUUCUAGCCUCUGGUAUCAUCGUUCUCAUCUUAUACUUUGUGCUGAGCCAAGAAGGCUUGGAGGCGGACACGUUCAUGGCAACCAGUGUCCUGCAUGCCGUUAUUGAGGCUCUUUCGGCUGCAGCUUCGCUCCUCGGCCUGCUGCAAAUCGCUUCACUGCCAGUUAGACAUAGUCGGAGCAGCAACCUGUCGGUGUUACUACACCGCUUCGGAAUCAUCGCUGUUAUAGUUUUCGCAGCUUUCUCGUGCGUGAUAGGGGCCGCUAAGAUCCAAGAUAUCAAUCACGCACUCUUAGUCAUCGACGGCGGAGCCAUGCUCGUGCACGCUGUCUCUCAAAGUUUGUUCGUCCAGGAACUCGACACUCGACAAGCCGAUCGCAAGAACUGCCGCAAGGGCCUGCAGGUGGUGACGUUCCUGGUAUUCGCCAAUCUCGUCCUUUGGCUCAUGGAAAGCUUUACGAACCAAAAUUAUCUAAACAACGAAUUAGCUCGCGAGAUGUACGGCCCGCUGACAUGGAGCAUCGUAGCGAGAGUUUCGACGCCUCUCGUGAUCUUCUUCAGAUUUCAUUCGUGUGUAUUCCUGGUCGAAGCUUGGCGGAGAUCUAGAGCACACUGCGGAUAGGGCAGCAUUUGCAAAGCUGCCCUAUGCGGAGCGAGAAGACACCACUGUAGAAAAUCUCGGACAAAAAUUAAUUGUCGAAGAUGCAGAUUUUGACUGAUAGGCUCGCUCUCCCUCUCCCUGUCUCAUCCCUGGAGGACGCUCCCCUUGCGACCUCGGAACCCGGUCGGGAUACACCGAAGAUUCGAACACUUUGGUUGGGCACGCACCAAC